AUGUCUACCUUCACCGAGACCCCUUUCCUCCCAUUGUCCCCUACUGUCUAUGACGCCAAGGCACUGGCAAGGACAGCUCCCUCAACAGCUGACAGUAUCAGUGUUGAAUCAGCACAUGACCAAGAAGCUCAACCAGAUCUCGGCGAAAGGCAGUACAAUUAUUUCUCACCGUUCAUCUCCGAGAGAGCGGUUGACGAACCGCGACCCCUCAAAGUCAUCUAUAUCGGUGCCGGUAUUUCGGGGAUCCUGGCGGCCAUCAAGUUCCGCCAGGCUGUACCGAACUUGGAUCUCACCAUCUACGAAAAGAACAGCGAGCUGGGGGGGACUUGGUUUGAGAACAAGUACCCUGGCUGUGCAUGUGGUAAGGCAGGAACAAUACCUGGGAAUGUUUUCAAAAAGGCUCACAAGAGUUCAGAUGUCCCAUCACACGCAUACCAGCUGAGCUUCGAGUCCUGGACACGAUGGAGUCAUUUCUUCUCCGGCGCGGAUGAGAUCCUUGAGUAUUGGAAGCGAGUUGCACACAAGUACGACGUUCGCAAGCAUAUCAGGUUCCAGUCCCGCUGCAUUGGAGCCCGCUGGAACGACUCAAUCGGUAAAUGGUUUGUCCAGAUCGCAGACGAGGCAGAUCCAGAAGGACGGACCUUUGAGGACUCUGCAGAUGUACUGAUCACCGGGACCGGACUGCUCAAUGAGUGGAAAUGGCCAGCUAUUCCUGGCCUCCAUAGUUUCAACGGGAAGUUGCUGCAUAGUGCCGCCUGGGAUGAAAGCUAUCAGAUUGAGGGCAAGCAAGUUGCCGUUAUUGGGGCCGGUAGCAGCGGGAUCCAGAUCGUACCAGCCCUACUCGACAAAGUUCAGGGUAUGGACCACUAUGUCCGCGGCAAGACCUGGAUAUCGAACCAGCACGGUGGAGAGCGUCUAUCAGCACGUACUGCCGGCAAAGGAGGCAACUUUGCCUAUACCGAAGAUGAGAAGCAGGUAUGGGCAAAAAACACGGCCGCCUACAUCCAGUACCGCAAAGAGCUCGAGCUGGAGAUGCAGACACUGUAUGCCAAGUCGCAGAGGGGAAGCAGUCUUCAACAUUCGGCACGAAUGAAGUACACAGCAGAUAUGCAGCAUCGACUCAGGGAAAAGCCAGAGCUCUUGAAGGAGUUGCUACCUGAUUAUCCUCCGCUUUGUAAGCGCCUUACGCCUGGGCCGGGAUACCUGGAAGCUCUUACGUCGCCGAAAGUGAAUGUGAUCACCAAUCCGAUCGUAUCCGUCGAUGAGGCAGGAAUAACUACAUCAUGUGGAACGCACCGUCCAGUUGAUGUUAUAGUCUGUGCUACUGGCUUUCAGAUCGGAGGAGGCUUCCCAGUCAUCGGGCGAGAUGGAGUCAACCUCCGCGAUAAAUACAGACAGAGAGCCGAGACAUAUUUGGGCCUGGCCACCGACGGGUUUCCCAACUUCUUCCAAUCCCUCGGGCCGAACUCGUUCCAGGGCGCAGGAAACCUGCUGAUUAUGAUGGAGCAGAUUCAUUCCUAUCUUGCGCAGCUGAUCUCAAGAAUGGCCUACGACAAUAUUGGCCUUGUGGAGCCCAAGCGGGCCCAGGUGGAACGUUUCACAAACUACUGCGACACCUACUUUGACCGAACCGUCUACAGUGCUGACUGUGUGAGCUGGUACAAGUCCUCGCCACCGGGAGCCUCGCUGGAGGACCGGAAGAAGGGGCGAGUGACGACACUUUGGCCUGGAAGUAGUUUACAUUGCUUGAAGGCGCUUGAGAAGGUCAGAUGGGAGGAUUACAAGUUGCAGCCCUACGACGGCAAUGAGUUUGGCUGGUUUGGGAAUGGUUGGACGGUGGCUGAGAGGCAGGAGCAGGUCGAUGCCGCUACUUUAACUCCAUAUCUGGACACCACGGACUUUAUAGAUGAUGUAGAGCAUACAAAAUAG